AGUCCGUGUGUUCACGUGGAGCAGCAACAAACGAGCCUGGGACGAGGCGAAGCCGAAGGAGCUGCAGAACGCUUACACCAUAUCCAGCCUCGCUUGGAAGAGAGACGGAUCAAGGCUCGCCGUGGGAACGCUGUGCGGCGCAAUUUUGAGCUACGAUUGCAGCCUCCGCAAGACACUCUACAACAACAAAUUUGAAAUCACAUUUGUGGGGCCGAGUCAGGCUUUGAUUAUGAACCUGGCGACGAAGACGAAGAGCACGCUCAAAUCGCAGUACGGUCACGAGAUCCAGGAUAUAAAAAUCCUGGGCAGGGACCGCUACCUGGUGGCAUACACAGCGGCCACGCUGUUGCUCGGCGAUUUGCUCCAGGACAAAUUCUGCGAGGUCUUCUGGGAAGGGACCUCGAGGAACGAAAAGUUCUACUUCGAAACCGAAAAUGUAUGCAUGAUUUUCAAUGCUGGCGAACUGUCCCUGGUAGAAUAUGGCCACAACGAGAUACUUGGUUCGGUGCGCACAGAAUUCAUGAAUCCUCAUUUGCUAAGUGUGCGUCUGAACGAGCGAAGGCGCCCUGGACAACAGGAACCUGCGGACAACAAGAAGCUAGCCUAUUUAAUUGACUUGAAAACAAUAUUUGUCGUGGACCUGGUCACGGGUAUGACGCUGGCUCAAGUGCCGCACGACUCUAAGAUCGACUGGCUCGAGUUGAACGAGACGGGACAGAAGCUCCUCUUUCGGGACAGACGGCAAAGGCUCAGCCUGUUCGACAUUGCGUCCCAAGACAAAGUAACACUUCUGAAUAACUGCACGUUUGUUCAGUGGGUUCCGGACAGCGACGUGGUGGUGGCGCAAGGCCGCAAUGUCCUCUAUGUCUGGUACAACGUGGAUGCCCCUGAAAGGACCACCAACAUUCCCAUCAAGGGUGAAGUAGUGGAUAUUGAACGCGAGGAUGGCAAAACUGAAGUCAUUGUCAACGAAGGUCUCACAACAGUCGGCUACCCGCUGAAAGAAGGUCUCAUCGAAUUUGGCACGGCAAUCACCGAUGGUGACUUCGGUCGAGCGGUUGCAUACCUGGAGAGCCUGGAGCUCACGGAGGAGACCGAAACCAUGUGGCGCACGCUGGGACAGAUGGCUCUCGAGGAGCGCCUCGUCGCCGUGGCCGAGCGUUCGUACGCCGCGCUCGGCGACCUCGCCAAGGCGCGCUUCCUGGCGCAUGUCAUGCGCCUCCAGGAGGAGGCCGCAAGAGCCACGGGUCAAGACGGCCACGACCAUUACGAAGUGAGGGCGAGGAUUGCCAUGCUGGAUAAGCAGUUCAAGCUCGCCGAGAACAUCUACCUCGAGCAGAAUAAAGUUGAAGAAGCAAUGGAGAUGUACAAAAACAUGCACAAGUGGGACGAGAUGAUCCAGUUGGCCGAAUCAAGAAAUUAUCACAACGUCGACAAACUCCGAGAGGACUAUUUUGAAUGGCUUUUGAAUAACGGCAUGGAAGGGAAAGCAGCUGAGCUGAAGGAAAAAGAGGGCAACGUGGAAGAAGCGGUCUCGCUGUACCUGAAGUCUGGCCUUCCGGCCAAGGCCGCCCUGGUACUGCGCUCUGUGCCGGGUCUUGUGCAGCAGCGGCACCUGGCCGAACGCGUCAUCGCGGCGCUUACACACUCCGAGCUGUACGAGCACGCUGGCAGCCUCCACGAGCAGCUCGGCGAGCACGCUAAGGCCCUGCAGUGCUACCGUGCGGGUCAUCACUACGCAAAAGCCGUCGAACUCUCUCGACAACGGAACCCCGGCGACGUGGUUGCCCUUGAGGAAGAGUGGGGCGAGUACUUGGUCUCGCAGAGGCAGCUGGACGCCGCCAUCAACCAUUUCAUCGAGGCAGGGAAGACGGUGAAAGCUCUGGAUGCAGCCAUCAACGCACGGCAGUGGAAAAAAGCUGUGCAGAUAAUCGAGGUGAUCGACGACACGCCUGAAAUAAACCGGUACCAGAGCAAGCUGGCUCAACACUUCCACUCGACCGGAGACCUCGAGAUGGCAGAGCACUUUUACGUAGAAGCUGGGAAGAUAAAAGAGGCAAUUGAAAUGUACAACAGUGCCGGAAAAUGGGACAAAGCGCUGAAGCUUGCCAAGCUCCACCUGAGACCGGAAGAUGUGACGAGCAUGUACACGGAACAGGCAUCGGAGCUCGAGAAGCAAGGGAAAUUGAGAGAGGCCGAAAAGCUUUACUUGUUCAUCGAGGAACCUGACUUAGCCAUUGCAAUGUAUAAGAAGUAUCGUCAGUACGACAACAUGAUGCGUGUGGUUAAAGAAUUCCACCCAGACCUCCUUUCGGACACUCACUUGCACCUCGCUAAGGAGCUGGAAAACGAGGGCAACUACCUGCAAGCAGAAGCGCACUACCUAUCGGCGAGCGACUGGAAGGCGGCCGUUAACAUGUACCGCGCAAAUGACAUGUGGGAAGAAGCGUAUGCCGUGGCCAAGAAGCAUGGCGGUCCCGUUGCCUGCAAGCAGGUGGCUUAUCUCUGGUCCAAAAGUCUCGGAGGUGAUUCGGCCAUACGGCUGCUCACAAAGCUAGGCCUGCUCGAUAGCACCAUCGAUUAUGCCGCCGAGAACUGUGCCUUCGAAUUUGCGUUCGAGUUAGCGCAAGCAACAGCCAAGCACAAGCUUCCAGACAUCCACCUCAAGUACGCCAUGUUCCUCGAGGACGAGGGCAAGUUCCACGAGGCGGAACAAGAGUUUAUAAAGGCCAACAAGCCCAAAGAAGCUGUGCUUAUGUACGUCCACAAUAAGGACUGGGACAGCGCCAGGCGCGUGGCCGAAGCUCACGACCCGGAAUCCGUGGCGGACGUGUCCAUCGGUCAGGCGAGGGUCGCCUUUCAAGCUGGCCACUAUCAGCAAGCUGAGUCGUUGGCGCUUCGGGCUGAAAGGCCGGACCUCGUCAUCAAGCUAUACAAGGACGCGGGCAUGUGGAACGACGCUCUUCGCAUCUGCAGAGAGUACACACCGUCGAAGAUGAUGGAGCUUCAAGAGGAAUACGAUAAUCACAUGGACACGAAGGGAUCACGAGACGUUGACGCCCUGCUUGAACAGGCCCAGGAGUGGGAACGAAAUGCUCAGUACGAACGAGCAGUGGACUGCUAUAUGCGCAUGACACCUCAAAACGUGACAAACGUCGACAUGCUCGAAAAAUGCUGGGUGAAGGCGGCCGACCUGGCCUUAAAGUUCCUAGAUGAGCAAAAGGCCGACAAGAUACUCAAGAACGCCGCGCGUAUGCUGCUGGAUAUCAAGAAGCACAGCUCGGCAGCCCAGUUGUUCCUCAGCAUGGAGCUGGUCAAGGAGGCCGUAGAGGCACUGAUCGCGGGCGGUGAGUGGAGCAAGGCUAAGAAGGUGGCCCAAGAAUUCGACCCAGGGUGA